AUGAAAAUGAGGGAAAUUAGAAUAUAUAUUCUGAAAUAAUAAUUGAUAUGUAUUUCAAAAUGGAAACAAAAGGUUUAUAUGUAAAAAUUUAUGUAAAAAUUGAGGUUCUAAUUGGAUGUCCAAAUAUGUAUGAAUAUGAAUAAUAUUUUAAUGAUAAUAAAUUUAAGUGACUUAUUCUUGAGUUUGAUUGGAGGAAUAAUGAUAGGAGUGGCAUGUAGUAUACAUUACAUCACAAAAGGGAGAAUAGCUGGAAUUAGUGGAAUAUAUUAUGGAGUAAUAACAUUUAAGUGGGAUGAAUUUUUUUGGAAAUUAUCUAUUCUGUGUUCUAUAGUAUUCUCAACAGGACUGAUGUAUUAAAUUUUUGGGUAUUAAAUAACUUAAAUAAUAGAGAUGAGAGCAUAAUGGAUAGUUCGUCUUUAGCUUUUAAUGAAAUUCCUUAAAUAACUAAUUUAUCUAACAUGAUAUCUGUAUUAAGUGGCUUAUUGAUAGGUUGUGGGGCUAAAUUAUGUAAUGGAUGUACUACAGGUCAUGGAUUCUGUGGUAUAGCAAGGAUAUCUAUUCGUUCAUUUGUGGCUUUUGGUUUGUUUAUAUUAUUUGGAGUGUUGAGUUGUUUUAUUACAAUGAGUGAGUAAAAGGAUGAAGGGAUAGAAAAAUAUAAUUAUAAUCAUGUUUCAAUAAUUAUGAUUGGAUUAAGUUUGGUAUUAUUAUCAGCAACUCUACUUGGAGCAUAUAUAAAUAAAGAUUAAUUUAUUGAUACAAUAAUUGGAGUACCAGUUGGACUACUUUUGGGAGUAGGAGUUGUAUUUUCAGGUAUGAUUAAAAGAACAACGAUUUUAAGUUUUCUUUCUUUAUAAUAAUGGAAUCCAUAAUUUUUAUUUGUGAUUUUAGGAGCAAAUAUAGUCUGUUAUUUUGGAUUUAGAUUAUUGAAAAAACCUAUAUUUGAAUUAGAAUUUUAAUAUCCUCCUACAAAUAAAGUUACUAAUAUACUUUUGAUAGGGGCAUCACUAUUUGGUUUUGGAUGGGGAAUGACUGGAAUUUGUCCUUUAGUUGGUUUGGCUUUAUUUCCUCAAUUCACAUGGUAAAUAGGAUUGAUGUAUUUGGGAUCAGUUUCAAUGGGAAUGAGAAUUGCCUAAUGUUACCUAAAUAAAUACUAGAAAGUUGAAGAUUAGGUAAUUUAAAUAAACAGUAACAAUUAUAACAACAAAACUGAUAAUGAAUAAAUUGAUAGGUUAUGAC